UUCAAAACUGCGUCGUUUUCGGAACUCUGAAUCCCUCCAUGUUCGUCGUCCUCUUUCUCGCUCUUGCACACAAAAACACACUGCGCUCCAAUCUUCUCUGCCAAAUCUGUGCUCCGAUCUUCUCCGGUCUCGAUCUCGAAGAAGAUGAGAGUAGCAUCUUCGUCUAUCACCGUCUCUUUGCAACUUGCUUUUCUCCUGCUCAUCGCUUCCGUUUGUAGAUCGAAUUCGUCGCCGGCGGUCGAUCCGUUUUAUGGCAUUUCCCCUCAAGAUGAGAAGUAUUACAAGUCGUCUUCGGAGAUAAAGUGUAAAGAUGGAUCGAAUAAAUUCACGAAAGCUCAGCUCAAUGACGACUUUUGUGAUUGUCUGGAUGGGACUGACGAGCCAGGUACCUCAGCAUGCCCAAAUGGAAAAUUCUAUUGCCGGAACGCAGGCCACUCCCCCCUGAUUUUAUUUUCUUCCAGAGUCAAUGAUGGUAUUUGUGAUUGUUGUGAUGGAAGUGAUGAGUAUGAUGGUAAACUGAAAUGCCCAAAUACAUGCUGGGAGGCGGGAAAAGCUGCUAGAGAAAGGUUGAAGAAAAAAAUUGCCACAUAUAGUGAAGGGCUGGUUUUAAGGAAACAGGAAAUUGACCAGGCAAAGGCAGGUCUGGUGAAGGACGAAGCAGAAUUGAAGAAGCUUAGAAGCGACGAGAAAAUUUUGAAAGCCCUUGUUCAACAACUUAAAGAGCAUAAAGAACAAAUUGAGAAGGCAGAGGAGAAGGAACGUCUCCAGAAAGAAACUGAGGAGAAGGAAAGAAAAGAAGCCGAAUUAGCAGCCCAGAAAAAAAAGGAGGAUGCUGAGGAGAAAAAAGAUAACAAUGAAAAGGUUGAUGAAAGCACUGAUGAAGAAAAGAUGCCAGGAGGAUUGCAUGAUGAUGGAAAGCCCUCCGAAAAAUCAAAUGACGGUGAGAUUGGUAAUGUCAAGGAUUCUCCUCCAGAUGAGGAAGGAGCAGUUGAAUAUGACAUGGCGGGUAUAUCAGAAGAGGCUUCUCCUCGUAAACCUGUGGACCAGCAUGUUGUGGAGGAUAUAAAGGCGAAAUCAACCUCUUCUGAGGAUUCGUCAACAACUGGCUUUGAAAAUGAUGGUGCCACUGAAAAGGAGGAUCGACAUGAGGCAAAGAUAGUGGAGGAUGUUACAUCUGAGAAGACUGAGGAGUUAUCAAGGGAUGAGUUGGGGCGUCUUGUUGCCUCUCGUUGGACAGGAGAGAAAUCUGACAAGAAGUCUGAGGCAGUGGAUAGUGCGAAAGCUGAUGAUCGGGAAAGCCAUGAGCAUGUGUCCAGUUCACAUGAAGAGGAUGAUGGUUUUGUUUCUGAUGCUGAUGAUGAUAGUGGCAAUGAUGACAAAUAUAGAAACCAUGAUUCAGAGGAUGAUGCCUAUGAAGAGGAAUAUCACCACGAUCACGAUGAUUCUAGUUCCUCCUAUAAAUCUGAUGUAGACAAUGAUCUGAAUCUAGCAGAAACAACUGUGUCAAGCCCAUCUUGGUUGGAUAGGAUACAACAGACCGUCAAGACCAUAAUGCAAGCUAUGAAUUUGUUCCAAACUCCGGUAGACAAAUCGGAGGCUGAUCGCAUACGCAAAGAAUACGAUGAGUCCAGUUCAAAACUAUCUAAGAUGCAGUCAAGGAUCUCGAGUUUGGAAAAGAAGCUUAAGAAAGACUUCGGACCUGAGAAGGAGUUCUAUUCAUUCUACGGUCGUUGUUUUGAGAGCAAACAGGGAAAGUAUACUUACAAAGUCUGCCCGUACAAAGAAGCGUCACAGGAGGAGGGUUAUUCGACAACUCGGUUAGGGGAAUGGGAGAAAUUUGAGGACUCAUAUCGAGUCAUGGCAUUUUCAAACGGUGAUACGUGCUGGAAUGGUCCUGAUAGAAGCUUGAAGGUGAAGCUAAGAUGCGGAUUGAAGAAUGAGCUUAUGGACGUCGAUGAACCAAGCCGCUGCGAAUAUGCAGCAGUGUUAUCCACACCGGCCCGCUGUUUGGAAGAAAAGCUUAAGGAACUGCAACAAAAGCUCGAGCAGUUGAAACAAGAAGAGCCUCAGAAACACGACGAGCUCUAAUCUUGAAUUCGAUAUCUUAACAUCAUGCUCCGGUAAUCUUUCGCUUUAUAUAUUUAUAUUAAUGUAUUCAUUUCGUCGUAUUUUUACCAAAGUAGCAUUGAGAGAAUUAUACCUUUGUGCGAAUCGAAUCAAAUUCAUCGAGGCUAACUAGUGACAAAAAAAAGGUCGUCUUUUCUUU